UAAGUCGAGCUGUUGUUUUUAAAAACAGUGAAAUAUUAAUCAUGAAAAACUCAGUGUUUGUAUUUCUGUUCGUAUUAGCGGUCAUUUCUCACAGAGCGAUCUGCGGUCGAAAAUGUCAGAAAUGCGACGGAGAAGAAGAAUCCGCUUGCUCCAAAGGCGACGAAUCAAUAGAAACAGAGGAAUGUGACGGCGAAGAAUCGCGUUGCUAUGAAAUAACUUAUAAACUUAAAGGUCAAGAUGGAAAAAAGAUUAAGAAAGGAUGUUGUCAUUAUGAUGGUAAAUUAGAUUGCCGCAACGUGAUGUGGAAUUGUGCUAAUAUAGAAAAUUGUGAGUCUUCAUCUCCUAACUUGGUCCCGCGGCAGCCACACAUGUAUGACAAAUAAACGAAUUUAUUAAAAAACCGUUACUGAAAAAAUAAAUUCAUUGGAAUCCUGCAA